GUGAAACGCAAUGGUUUGAAUGCAUCCCCUCGCAGGCGGAGUGCUGCGAGCUCUGAAACGGUAGAGAAAAGGUUAAAAGGCCUUAAUACCCAACCCCACACCGUCUUCUGUCUUCUUCUGUAACGCGGAGAGAGGACAGGAGCGGCCAUGCUCUCGGGGAUCAAUGGCGGGGUGUGGACGGAAGGAGGAGGCGACGAGGACGACGCCGCGUCGUGGACGAGAGCGAACGCGUCCAACGCCAGUAGCGGGGUGAUGGGAGGGCGCAGGGACGAGCUCGGCCUCCUCAGCUUCAAGUCCAUGCUGGACGACGACGACGACAACGACUGGUACCUGGGCAGCGCCGCUGCCUCCAACCCCGUGCCGCCUGCCGCCUCCCACCAUUCCUUUCAGGCGUUCCAGACACAUCAGGAGCUCACGGACGUGGCCUUUCCCUCGAAUGUUUCGCCGCACGAGGCCCUGAUGCUCCCACCCGUCGUCAACCUCGAUCAAAACCAGCCAUUUUUCACUGCAAAAUCAGCCCUUUCCUCUCUCUUCGUCUCGGUUAGCUCCAACCCCUUCGACACCGGGUUUGGUGUCGGCUGCGACGCCCCGGGGUUUCUCCAGGCUUCCCAAGUGUCCAAUUUCCCGGUCAUGAUGAACAGAGGUUGUGGCGGGGGAGGAGUCCUUGGUUUUGCAGGAAUGGGGGCGGGCGAGCAGCUUGGUUGUCCCGAUCUGAGCUCCGGAGCCGCAUUCUCUGGUGACCAUCUGCUGCCCUCGUCCGGGCACUGUUCUGGUUCCAGCUCCGGUGCCGCCUUCGGCCCCAUGGGCUUCGACGGCUUCGAGAGUUCUCCAUUUCUCAACCGGCCCAAGGUGUUGAGGCCUCUGGAGAUCUUCCCGCCCGUGGGUGCGCAGCCCACUCUGUUCCAGAAGCGGGCGGCCGCCGCUCUUCGGCAGAAUUCAUCAGUUUCCGGCGAAAAAGGUGGUCUCUUGGGGCUUUGGGAGUGGGAAGGGGUGGUGCCGGGGAACCGUGGGAAGACUGAGUUGGAAGAAGAGAGCAACAAGAGGAGGAAGGGGAAUGAGGAGGAUGAGAUGGACGACGGGAGCAUCGACGCAUCGGGAUUGAAUUAUGACACGGAUGAUGCUGCAGCGGAGAAUGUCAUAGGUGAGGAGAACGCAAAUGGCGGCGGCGGUUGUGGAGGUAGCAACUCUUAUGCCAACAGCACGGUGACCGGAGGUGGAGAUCAGAAAGGGAAGAAGAAGGGCCUGCCUGCGAAGAACUUGAUGGCCGAGAGGAGGAGAAGGAAGAAGCUCAAUGACCGGCUUUACAUGCUUAGGUCUGUUGUUCCCAAGAUCAGCAAGAUGGACAGAGCAUCCAUUCUUGGUGAUGCAAUUGAGUACCUGAAAGAGCUUUUGCGAAGGAUCAACGACCUUCACAAUGAACUCGAAUCGACACCUUCCAGUUCUUCGGUGCCUGUUACAAGUGCAACAAGCUUUCACCCGUUGACGCCAACACUACCCACUUUAUCAUGCCGUGUGAAGGAGGAGCUCUGCCCAAGUUCUGUACCAAGCCCAAAUGCUCAGCCAGCAAGAGUUGAGGUCAGGGUAAGAGAAGGCCGAGCAGUUAACAUUCAUAUGUUUUGUGCCCGAAGACCUGGCCUAUUGCUCUCCACUAUGAGGGCACUCGAUGGCCUUGGAAUUGACAUCCAGCAGGCUGUCAUCAGCUGUUUCAAUGGGUUUGCCAUGGAUGUUUUCCGAGCUGAGCAAUCCAAGGAAGGUCCUGGUGUUCUGCCAGAAGAUAUCAAGGCGGUGCUCUUAAACUCUGCCGGCUUCGAUAAUACAGUGUCAUGAGAAAUCAAGGAGAAUCAGAAAUUGCAUUGAUUUUAAUGGUGCUCAGAGGGUGCUUCUAAGUUCUAGCCAUUUUAUAUAUCGUUUUAAAAGCAGUAAUGAAGAGGUCAUGUGAGCAUUUCAGCAAUUUCUUAGCAUUUUGUGUUUCAUAUCUUAAGGAAGGUGUCGAUGUCACACAUCACUAAGCUAGUUCUGUAGCCAAUGAACAGUUUGUUACUCUUUCAUCAUGGAAUAAGAGUUUACCGUGGAAUAUUUGUAUCA